ACCAAACUGACAAAAUAAUUAACCGUUAACCGGCAAAUAGUUAACUUGUCUUAAUGUUCGAUUCAGUUGCGUCCAACCCCAAUUACAGCCUAAUUAGUCAAAAGACAAUAAAAUCGACUCGUUUUCUCAAAUUUAUUGACCAAUUAGAGUAGGGACUGCGAAUAGAUGGCAACUUUGAAUACUUGCAUCGCCAAUUGUCCACCUUUGCGCUUUGGUUAGGUUCAGAGGCUACAAACUGUUGCGUGUAACAUGCUUGAUGAAAUGCCUGAACGAUGCAUUGUGCGGCAUUAUGUGAUAUGCCUAUAUUGUUGAAAGCUAGAAUUGGGUGGUGAAGUUCCAUACGGGUAGCAUUGAAAGAGAAUUUCUUUUCUUAUUUACUUUUUCAAUUUCAUUUCUGUUAUUAUAUGGAAUUUAUUAAUGUUGCCAAACUUGCUUCAGGGGUUAAUUUCCUAACCUACAUUAAUAGACCAUUUUAGUCUACCUAAUAUUUAAGCCUUAUGACUUCCCUUUCAUAUGUAAGUGCAAUCACCAUAGGCAGACAUAGGAUAGAAUUUUAGGGAGCUAAAGUUUGAAUACUCGGCAUUUUUUGAAGAAUGCAUUUAUUAGUCUUAGAUGGUUUUCCCAUCUAAGAUAGAAACAAUUUAUAUUGUGCCAAAGUGAAUUUCAUACAUUAAACAAUUUAUAUAAUAUCAUGUAAAUAUAAAAUUAGAAACGAAAAUUAAUUUUUAACAUUUUUCUGUUAUACAUAUGCUUUAAGUGAACUGUCACUAACUCAUGUUGAAAAGUAUUUGAAUUUGAUAUUAUAUUAACGUCUAAUGAUUUUUUUCACUUGAAUAAAAAAGUUAAAUAAAUAUUUAAAUGCAAAUCUAACCAAAUGGAGCCUCAAAAUUUUAAAUUCUUUAAUGUUUUUACUUGUACCUUGAUAUUUACUGGACUUUAUUUAAAAUAUUUGUUGAUUGUGAAAUAUUUUAAUGUACAUCUUACCUUGGGUUCGCCAUUGAUGAUCAGAGACGCAUACGCACACAUAUAUACAUAUGUAUGAUGCAUGUUUAUGUCUGUCUAAAAGCUCCUACUUCCUCCAAAAUUUAUUUGAAAUUUUAUAUCUGUAAUUCCAUGGAAUUGGUUCUACUUGAAUCUAAUUCUAUGAAAGUUGGCAGAAUUUGCUAAUAUUCUAAAUCCAUCCGAUUCUAGAUGCCCCUACUGAUAUCCCUUCUACAUUAUGACAUAAUUCUCUCUGUCCAUCACCCGUGAAGUUCAAUCUCUAACUAGCGUGGUAAUAGGUCACCCAACCUUGCUUUAGAAAGAGAGUUUGAUAGAAGCUGUGAUGCUUCAAUAAUCUUUUAAUUGGCUAUUAACUGGAAUUCUGUUUCUGACCAAAUUCUGCCAACCAUUUGGCAGUGAACGAAGGAAGACCAAAGGCCAAGACUUUUAGUGUAAUAUUUUAAUUCUUUGCAUCUAUAUUUAGUCAUGACUGUAUCAUUGUUAUGUAGUAAAUGUUGUCAAUUUGUGCAGACAAAUGCAUUGAAGUUGAGUAUAUUUUCUGUAGCGCUUGCAAUGGGCAGUCGUGAUCUUUAUCAAGUGAGUAGUUCUUCAUUGUGGAGGAAAAAUGGCACGGAAAUUUGCUCAAGCUCUUGUCGAGAAAAUGAUGAUGAAGAAGCUCUUCAAUGGGCAGCUGUUGAGAGACUGCCAACUUAUGACCGCUUAAAGAAAGGGUUACUCACCGCACCAGAAGGCAAGUCUACUGAAAUUGAUAUCCAUAAACUUGGUUUCAAAGAAAGGACAAAUUUGAUCAAGAGGUUGAUGGAAGUUGGUGACAACGAUAAUGACAAGUUUUUGUUGAAACUUAAGAACCGUCUUGCUAGAGUAGGAAUUGAAAUUCCAACAUUAGAAGUCAGAUUUGAGCAUCUGAAUAUUGAAGCAGAAUCUUAUGUAGGAAGUCGAUCUUUGCCAACACUUUUUAACUUCUUCGCAAAUAUACUAGAGGAUUCAUUGAACUAUCUCCACUUAUCCUUUACUAGAAAGAAACGUGUCUCUAUCCUUCGUGAUGUGACUGGAAUCAUCAAGCCUUGCAGGAUGACGUUGCUUUUAGGUCCACCAAGUUCUGGGAAGACUACACUCUUGUUAGCUUUGGCAGGAAAGCUUAAUCCUAAUCUAAAGUUUUCAGGGAGGGUGACUUACAAUGGCCAUGAAAUGCAUGAAUUUGUGCCCCAAAGAACUGCUGCCUACAUCAGUCAACAUGACCUACAUAUUCCAGAAAUGACUGUAAGAGAAACCUUAUCAUUCUCUGCAAGAUGCCAGGGAGUUGGAGGCAGAUAUGAGAUGUUGGCGGAACUGUUGAGAAGAGAGAAAGCAGCAAAUAUUAAGCCUGAUCCUGAUAUUGAUGUGUUCAUGAAGGCUGCUUCAGUAGAUGGCCAAGAGACAAAUGUGAUCACUGAUUAUAUUCUCAAGGUUUUGGGACUGGAAAUUUGUGCUGAUAUUAUGGUGGGGAAUGAAAUAUUCAGGGGUAUUUCUGGAGGUCAAAGGAAGCGCGUGACCACAGGGGAGAUGGUGGUUGGUUCUGCAAAGGUUCUGUUCAUGGAUGAGAUAUCUACUGGCUUGGAUAGCUCAACCACAUUUCAAGUUGUGAACUCACUCAAGCAAUGGACUCAUAUUUUUAAUGGAACUACAUUUGUUUCUCUCCUCCAGCCAGCGCCAGAGACUUAUGAUCUCUUUGAUGACAUUGUUCUUCUAUCUGAAGGCCAGAUUGUGUACCAGGGUCCCUGUGCAGAUGUUCUUGAGUUUUUUGAAUCAAUGGACUUCAAAUGUCCUGAAAGGAAAGCAGUGGCUGACUUUUUGCAAGAAGUCAUAUCAAAGACAGAUCAAAAGCAGUACUGGGCGCAUAGAGAUAAACCCUACAGUUAUGUCUCAGUGAGGGAAUUUGCUGAGGCAUUUCAAUCCUUUCAUGUUGGAAAGAAACUAGGAGACGAACUGGCGACUCAAUUUGAUAAAAGCAAGAGCCAUCCUGAUCUCUUCACGACUGAUAAAUAUGGAACCAGCAAGAAGGAACUAUUUAAAGCUUGCUGGUCGAGAGAAUUGUUAUUGAUGAAGAGAAACUCAUUUGUAUACUUCUUCAAGCUCUUUCAACUUAUGUUGAUGGCGUUGAUCGGAUCAACAGUCUUCUUACGAACUGAAAUGCCAAGGAAUUCAAUAACUGAUGGAGGAAUUUACAUGGGUGCUCUGUUCUUUACUGUAGUUAUGGUUAUGUUUAAUGGAUUCUCAGAAAUUGGCCUGACUGUUUUUAAGCUUCCGGUUUUUUUCAAGCAAAGGAAUCUCUUGUUCUUUCCUGCAUGGGCAUAUGCUCUUCCUACAUGGAUUCUCAAGAUCCCCAUCACAGUCAUAGAAGUUUCUGUUUGGGUGAUUAUCACUUAUUACAUGAUGGGGUUUGAUCCUAAUGUUGAAAGGUUUUUUAGGCAGUUUCUUGUACUCAUACUAAUUAAUCAGAUGGCUUCUGCAUUAUUUAGACUGAUUGCAGUGGUUGGUAGGACCCUCAUUGUGGCUGGCACAUUGGGGUCAUUUUUACUGCUUGUGCUUUUUGCAAAUUCUGGCUUUGUCUUGUCGCAAGAGAAUGUAAAGAAAUGGUGGAUCUGGGGUUACUGGAUUUCACCUAUGAUGUAUGGACAGAAUGCAGUAGCAGUUAAUGAAUUCCUAGGAAAGAGCUGGAGUAAUGUGCUGCCAUAUUCCAUGGAAAAACUGGGUAUUGCGGUUCUCAAGUCCCGUGGUUACUUCACAGAAGCAUUUUGGUACUGGAUAGGAAUAGGAGCAUUGAUCGGGUUUACAUUAUUAUUUAAUGUUGCUUAUACUCUGGCUCUCACUUAUCUCAACUCAUUUGAAAAGCCUGGAGCUGUUAAAGUAGAAGAUUAUAAAAGCAAUGAUGACAUUGAUGAAGCUGAAGGAGACAUUGAAUUAUCAUUUCAACACAAACCCAAAACAGAGCACCAAGAUGAAUUUAGGAAGAGCUUUGCCUCUUGUAGAUCCUUAUCUGCAAGGACCCAGGCAGUUUCAAAAAGAAAGAAGGGAAUGAUUCUUCCAUUUGAUCCACAUUAUAUUACGUUUCAUGACAUUACGUAUUCAGUAGAUAUGCCUCAGGAAAUGAAAAAUCAAGGUAUUCAAGAAGAUAAGUUGAGACUUCUGACGGAUGUGAGUGGUUGUUUCCAGCCUGGGGUUCUUACAGCUCUGAUGGGUGUUACUGGUGCUGGUAAAACCACUCUGAUGGAUGUGCUGGCUGGCAGGAAAACUGGUGGAUAUAUUGAGGGUAGUAUCACCAUUUCUGGAUACCCAAAGAAACAAGACACAUUUGCUAGGAUCUCUGGGUAUUGUGAGCAAAAUGAUAUCCACUCUCCACAUGUUACAGUCUACGAGUCUUUGCUCUACUCCGCUUGGCUUCGUUUACCAGCUGAAAUUGAUACUGAAGCCAGAAAGUUGUUCAUGGAGGAAGUCAUGGAACUUGUGGAACUAAAUCCAUUGAGGACAGCUUUAGUUGGGUUGCCUGGUGUGAGUGGUCUCUCCACUGAACAGCGCAAGAGGCUAACAAUUGCUGUUGAGCUGGUGGCAAACCCCUCCGUUAUAUUUAUGGAUGAGCCAACUUCAGGACUAGAUGCAAGAGCUGCUGCCAUAGUUAUGAGAACAGUUAGGAACACAGUGGAUACUGGACGAACAGUUGUGUGCACCAUCCAUCAACCAAGCAUUGAUAUAUUUGAAUCUUUUGAUGAGCUAUUUCUAUUGAAGCAAGGAGGCCAAGUGAUAUAUGCAGGUCCACUGGGUCAUCAUUCUUGUGAUUUAAUCAAUUAUUUUGAGGGAUUAGGAGUUAACAAGAUUAAAGAUGGAUAUAAUCCAGCAACUUGGGUGCUAGAUAUCACGACUCCAGCCCAAGAAAGAUCUUUGGGAAUUGAUUUCACUGAUGUGUACAAAAAUUCGGAACUAUACCGGAGAAACAAGGCCCUUAUAAGACAACUAAGCAACCCUGUUCCUGGUACAAAGGACCUCCAUUUCCCCACCAGGUACCCACAGUCAUUUUUUGUCCAAUUCAUUGCUUGUUUAUGGAAACAACACUGGUCAUACUGGCGCAAUGCAUCAUAUACUGCUGUGAGGUUUCUGUUCACAAUUGUCAUUGCCUUGAUGUUUGGUACAAUGUUCUGGGACCUUGGCUCCAAAAUGGAAAAGGAACAAGAUCUGUUAAAUGCAAUGGGUUCUAUGUAUACUGCUGUUCUUUUCCUUGGCGUUCAAAAUUGUGGAGGUGUACAACCUGUGGUGGCAGUGGAGCGAACAGUUUUUUACAGGGAAAAGGCUGCUGGAAUGUAUUCAGCCGUGCCUUAUGCCUUUGCUCAGGUUGCUAUAGAGUUGCCGUACAUUUUUGUACAAGCAGUUUCCUAUGGUGUCAUAGUUUAUUCAAUGAUGGGAUUUGAAUGGACUAUGAUUAAGUUCCUUUGGUACAUAUUCUAUAUGUACUUCACCUUACUGUACUUCACCUUUUAUGGCAUGGCAACUGUAGCUGCAACACCUAAUUAUUACAUAGCUUCCAUAAUUUCCUCGGCAUUUUAUGCAUUAUGGAACCUUUUCUCAGGAUUUGUCAUCCCUCGAACCAGAAUUCCUGUGUGGUGGAGAUGGUAUUACUGGUUAUGCCCUGUUGCUUGGACCUUGUACGGAUUGGUUACAUCACAGUAUGGAGAUAAGAAGGACGUUCUUGACAUUGGUCUAGCAGUAGAAGAUUUUUUGAGUACGCUCUUCGGUUUCAGACAUGAUUUUCUGGGUGUGGUUGCAGCUGCAAAUGUUGGGUUUGCAGUUCUAUUUGCAUGUGUUUUUGCCAUUGGCUUAAUGAUGAUAAAUUUCCACAAGCGAUGAGAUAAGAGUUUGUUGUAUUUGCUCAUAUAAAUUUUAUGGUGAUGUAUUAACUAUAGAAUGGUAAGAUUUUACCAAAACAAUAUCUAUGCAAGUUAUUUACUUGCAUGAUUCUUCAGAAUCAACAACACUGUUGAGUUAAUAAUAGAGGAUCCUGAAGCAUUUGAAGCUUUCA